UGACAUGGUGCAACCACGUGGUUCCUUAGAGAGAGAGAGAGAGAGAGAGAGAGAGAGAGAGAGAGAGAGAUUUGGAUGAGACAGCCUUCAUUUUAGCCUUCUUCCUCAGCAUGGAUGUUUUGACAGAACAAGACGUGCAAAAGUACCAGGAUGAAGGCUAUCUGGUGCUGGACGGGCUUUUGACCCCAGAGGAAUGUGAUGCUUUACGGGAACGAAUGAGUGAGAUUAUUGACCGGAUGGAUGUUCCUGAACACUGCAGGAUACAGUUCUCCACUGACCACGACGAGCAGCUGAAAACACAGGGAAAUGCAGACUAUUUCAUCACAAGCGGAGACAAGAUCCGUUUCUUCUUUGAGAAAGGCGUGUUUGAUGAUAAAGGAGAGUUCAUUGUGCCAAGAGAACAUUCCUUGAAUAAAAUCGGCCAUGCUCUCCAUGCGUAUGAGCCGCUGUUUAAAGCAGUCACCCACUCACCAAAAGUUCAAAACCUGGGUAAGAAACUCGGCCUGAUAAAUCCAGUUAUUCUGCAGAGUAUGUACAUCUUUAAGCAACCAGGGAUUGGUGGAGAAGUGACACCUCACCAGGAUGCCACCUUCCUUUACACGCAGCCUCUGGGAAGGGUGAUGGGCGUAUGGAUCGCUCUGGAAGACGCUACACUGGAGAACGGCUGCCUGUGGUUCAUACCGGGAUCACACAACGAUGGGAUUACCAGGCGAAUGGUGCGGACACCUAAAGGCACGUUUCCUCUGACUGAUUUCAUUGGCCGAGAGAAGAAUUAUGACGACAAGCUCUUCGUUCCCGCUCCUGUUAAAAAAGGUGGAGCAGUUCUGAUUCACGGGGAAGUGGUCCACCGCAGCGCUGCAAACACAUCUGACAACUCACGCCACGUUUACACUUUCCACAUUAUGGAGUCUCAAAACACCGUUUGGAGUCCUGAGAACUGGCUACAGCCAACAGAAGAGCUGCCCUUCCCUUCCCUCUACACCUAAACAACAUUCAACAUUAACACAGGCCUGAUGACACUUGUUACCGAUGACACUUGUUACCAAUGACACAGAAGACACUUGAGAUACCAGGACUGGACUUUUUAAAUCACAGGAUAACAAUAACCCCUUUAAAUAUGAAAUUUUGUAAAUGGACCAUAAAAUGUGAAUCAUUCUGUAUAUUUCACCUCCAGCCACAACAGUGUUAAUAAAAGGCUAGUUUUUGCUAA